AUGCCGGGGGCACUGGCGACUAGCCUAGACGAGCCAGACCGGCCACAGCGUUCGGUGAGCAAGACAUUGAAGCGCGCCGUGUCCUCUUACUUUGUUCCCCGUGGCCGCUUCAAAAAACUAUUGGAGAGCGCGGAGAAUGACAACGAGGCGGAUGUCUACCGGCGGAAUAGUGGGCACAGGGUGUUCACCCAUGCUGACUGGGCGGUGCACAGGAAGCCAUCCCGCUAUGCCCGGCACCUGGCCCUCAUCUUCGCCAGCCGCAUCUUCAGGUCCCUCAUCCCCCCCAUCACGGCCGUCACCCUCAUCUCCACGCUGGUCGGGGUGUAUGAGACGCUUCUCAAGGAGCACCGCCUCCCUGCACAAUGGCCCCACGUGACCCUGGCGCUGGGCCAGGGCUUCCAGCUGACGGCGUUUGCGCUGUCCCUGCUGCUCGUCUUCCGCACCAACUCGGCCUAUGGUCGCUGGUGGGAGGCGCGCAUGCUGUGGGGCUCCCUGACCAACCGCACCCGUGACUUCGUGCGCCAGUGCCUCGCCUUCUUCCCCGAAGACGCCAAGCGCUUGCGCGAGGCGGCGGUGCUCUGGACCAUCGCGCUGCCGUACGUGGUCAAGGCCCACCUGCGGGAGGGCAACCGCCUGGAGUCGGAGCUGGAGGGCAUCCUGACGCGGGACGAGGUGGAUGCGCUGACGGGCGCCACACACCGCCCCUGCUUCGUCCUCGCCGCGCUUUCCCAGGUGGUGGCCGCCGCAGGGCUGGACCCGCAGCUGCGCCAGCGCCUGGACACCAACCUCACCGCCUUCGAGGACUGCAUCGGCGGCUGCGAGCGCAUCCUGCGCACCCCCAUCCCCCAGUCCUAUACGAGGCACACCUCCCGCUUCCUCAUGAUCUGGCUGAUCAUGAUGCCCUUCACCCUCUGGGCCGCCUACUCCUGGGUCUCCAUCCUGCUGUCAGGCCUGUUUGCCUACCUCAUGUUGGGCAUCGACGAGAUCGGGGUGCAGAUCGAGGAGCCCUUCGGGGUGCUGCCCCUGGGCAGCUUCUGCGCCACCAUCGAGCGCAACCUGAGGGAGCUGCACUACAGCAACCCGGAGGCGCGCUUCGCGGCCCUGCCCUGGCUGGUGCCGGCCUCGCCCACCUGUUCCCGUGCCUCGGGCAGCUGCGACGGCGCGGACAUGGCCGCUGGCAUGGAUGACAUAGACCCUGUGGCUGGGAAGCUGCCGCACCUGAACGGGGCGCCCCAGGCCGGCCAGCCUCGGGUGUACAAGCACACGUCGGACGCCGCUGAGCUGGCGGCGGGGCACGUCCGCUUUGCGCACCGCUGGCUGGAGCCUCACCCGCACCUCAUCCACUCCCCUGUGCACCCACACCACCCCAACCACCACCACGGGCAUGGGCACGGGCACGGCGCCCAGGAGCAUGGGCGCGGCGCCUUCCACCAGACCUCCACGCUGCACGCGGACGUGGAGGACCAGGUGGUGCACCCCGCCAGCUACCCGACCGCGGCGCGCCAUACGCCCCCGCAUCGCAGCUGGUUUGGGGGGAGGUGGGUGGAGGAGGACUGA